AUGGCACCAAUCAGAUUGGACGCUCUUUCCAUGAGCACAGAUAAUACCAGUUCUAAUGUUAACUCCGCGAGAUGCCCGGAAAUAACAAUUUCCGAAUAUAUAUUCGAGCGACUUUACCAGAUGGGAGUGAAGUCGGUAUUUGGAGUCCCCGGGGACUUCAAUCUUUCGUUAUUAGAACACAUAUAUGACGUCAAAAGCAUCAAAUGGAUAGGAACUUGUAAUGAGCUUAACGCAGCUUACGCAGCAGAUGCUUAUGCAAAAACAUCGAGACAGAUGGGAGCCGUCUUGACUACUUUCGGAGUUGGAGAGUUGAGUGCUUUGAACGGAAUUGCCGGGGCCUACUCGGAAUUUGUUCCUGUAGUUCAUAUAGUUGGUACUUCACCUCUUCCAGAAAAGAGGAGUAAUCUUGUAAAAAACUUCCAUCAUUUGAUUACUAACCGGAAGAUGUACCAGAAACCGGAUCAUUACGUCUAUGAAAAAUUGGCUCAGACUUUCAGUGUGGCCAGUGCUUCUAUCGAAGAUGGGGAUAUUGCCAAGACUUGCGACAGCGUUGACAAUGUUCUUGAAUCAGUUUGGAGGGAGUCUAGACCGGGAUAUAUCUUUUUGCCAUGCGAUUUAACCGAGAUGAAAGUUCCUUUCAGUCGUUUGAACGAUAAGCCUUUGAAGAAAAGCUACGACAGUGGAAAUGAACAACUUGUUGACUCUGUUGUUUCAGAAAUUCUAGAAAGGAUAUAUUCUAAGCAGAAUGUGUCCAUUUUGGCAGAUGCUUUCAUCUCCAAGUUCCGGAUGGAGAAGCCAUUUGAAAAACUGGUCAAGUUGUUAAACGAUAAGGUAAAUUUGUUUGAUACUUACAUGGCCAAGGGUAUAUUUAGUGAAGAUACUGACAGAUUUGUUGGUACAUAUGCCGGAAAGGUGGGAAGUAAGCAGGUUUCCGAGGCCAUAGAGGCAUCAGACUUGGUUCUUUAUGUCGGUAGCUUCGCCAAUGAGAUGAACUGCGGCUUCUUCUCCUAUAAACUUGAUGAGAGCAAGAUUAUUGACUUGAACCCUCAGUAUAUUCGCAUUGGAAAGAAGAUGUACACUGGAGUUACGUUUAUGGACGUUCUACCUAAGUUGAUUGAGAAACUGGAUGCUUCUCGGAUCAACAGUUCGGUCAGAUACAAGUCAAUAGAGAAGCAAAGUCUUCAGAAAGUACAAUCGAAUAUAGAGGCACCUCUUACUGAAGCAGAUCUAGGAAGAAGUUUGGAAAAUUUACUUCAACCAGACGAUAUUUUGAUUGUAGAAACAUGCUCCUUCAUGACCGGAGCUUUCCAGCUUAACAUGAACGAUGCUCGUAUGGUUAGCCAAUGUUACUGGGGUUCAAUUGGUUAUGCGUUACCUGCCACUCUAGGAGCUUGUUUAGCGUUGAGAGAUUUUCAAAUGCCCGGGAAAGUGAUUACAGUGGAAGGAGAUGGAUCAGCACAGAUGUCGCUUCAAGAAUUGACGUCUAUGAUAAGAUACGAAGUUGAUGCUAUCAUGAUAAUGCUAAAUAAUUCUGGCUACACUAUUGAAAGAGCCAUAAAAGGCCCAUAUUCAGGAUACAACGACAUAUGCGGUAAUUGGCAAUGGACAAAGAUGCUGAAGGUGUUCGGAGAUAUCAACGAAGAGAAGUCGAGAUCUCUACAAAUUACCAGUAGUAAGCAGUUGAGCAACUUAGUUAAUGCGGGAUUACAUGAUGAGGGGAGGUUUCAAUUGAUUGAAUUGAUACUACCAAAGUUUGACAUUCCAUGGCAUUACGGGAAAUAG